AUGACUUCUCCUAUUAAAGAAGAAAGUGAUGCAGCUGAUAAUGCUCUCAAAAAUUCAGAAAAUGAGGCUUCAAAUGACUGUAGUACAGAUAUAGAGCCUGAAUCUAAUAUGAUUUCUCAGAAUGAUAGCAACCUAAUGAACAGGGAGUUAGACAUACCAACCUCCCAGGAGCAUGUUGUUCUUCAAUCAGCAGAAGAAAAUAAGCUUGAAGUAGAGAUGAACCAAAAAGAUGCUCAAGAAGAUUUAAAAGAAGAAUCCCUUCUAAUUCAGAUUCCCAUUCCUAGGAAAUGGAUCUCUCUCAUGUCAGGAUUAGGGACAUUUACCCAUCUGAAUAUACCACUAGUAAAAAUUAAUAAAAAAAAGCCUGUAAUUAAUAGAGCAAGACUUAACUCAGGAAAAAUUCAGAGGAAAAUAAGUGAUAUGUGUUAUAUCAAUGUAAAUUACAAAAUUCCUUACCAGUUCUCAAUUUCAUGGAGAGUCUCAUUUAUUAACCAUUCUGAGAGGAGAAGAAUGAUUCUUCGUCAGUUGUGUGAGAGACAUCUCCCUCAAAAUACCAAGUGGAUAAAGCAAAAGUAUGUAGCAUUUGUUGUUCGCCCAAAUGUUCUCAACCAUAGGGUAAGAGAGAUACUAUUUGGAAGACCUAUGAGGGUGUACUACUACUAUCCCCUCAGUGAAAGAAUAGCAUUAAACAUAGUAUCCAAGUCAACUGGUACUAAAAGGAAGAUGGAAUUUCACAUUUUUGUUAGACCUGUGUUUGGUGUCCCACGGACCCAAUUGGAAAACAGAUUUACUAAAAGAGCUUUUGAGGAUCAUUUGAGAUCACGUUAUUACACAAGGGUGAUUAUCAUAACAACUGAUAAUGGUUGGAAAUACCUAUGUCCCAUUUGUGGGAGUAUUUUCAACAGUUUGGUUGAAUUUAGACAGCAUUCUUGCAACUUUCUUGGACAUUAA